ACACGCCCAGCGUACUUCCUUACAGCAAACAUUCAAGCUUUGGAAGAGUUGUGUAAAGACAUGCAGUAUAUGUGGCGACAGUUUAUGGUGUAUUAACAACGACAGAUUAAACAAUGGUGGAGAAUGGGCAGAGCCGCCUCCGUCAGGCCCAGGAGGAUGUGGAGGAAAUCAAAGUUAUCAUGCUGGAUAAUAUGAACAAGGCUGAUGAGCGUUCAGGAAAACUCGGGGAGCUUGAGGACCGAGCUGAUAAACUACUUGAACAUAGCGAAAAAUUCUCAAAGACCUCGACUAAGGUGAAACAGAAGAAGCGCUGGGAGAAUAUUAAGUACAAAGUGAUAAUAGUAGCCGUUGUAGCUGCAGUGCUGCUUGGCAUUAUUGUGGCUGUGGCUGUGAGUUUUAGCGGUGAGGACAGUAAAAACACACCCAAAGACACGUCGGCAACAAAAGCCCCAGGAGAUGGCUAGAAGAUAAGCUGGCAGAGAAGAUGAGUGAACAUAAGUUAUGUUUGAAAUUCCUCAUCAUAUCCCCUUGAAAGUCUUGCUUCUAGUACUUUUGUAAAAGUAAAGAAGAAGAAAGUAGAUCGGUGAAUGUACAAGCUAAAUAUGUGAUGCUAUUUUCUAUCAAGAUGAUGCUAAAAAAUAAUGUGGUGGGAGAUAUAAAUGGUACCAUGGUGUCACUAUAAUUUCUGCUUUCAUUUUUCAAUGGUAACACACAUAGUAUGUGGCAUUAAUGGUAACAGUUUACAUGGAUUCUUGUUGGACUAAACAUAUUUUAGCCAUAUAUUAGAUAAAUCAGUGCCAAAUGCGGGUUAAAGUGUAGCAGGGAAAAUAUGUUAGACUGUGUAGACUUUGUCAGGGAGUAGAGCAUUGUUUAUCUAUCGUGUUCUUCAAAGAAAACACUUUCUUGAUUCUGUUUUUCAUCAGUGAAAGGUGUAUGUAAUGAUCUCAAAUUUCUUCUGUGUGUUUGGCUUUUCUCAUAUUAGUUACAAUAUAAUGUAAUGAUCUCAAAUUUCUUCUGUGUGUUUGGCUUUUCUCAUAUUAGUUACAAUAUAAUGUAAUAUAAUUAUUACAGCCUUGGUACCCACAGCAGUACACAUUUUGGAUGUCUCCCUUGUAUGACAGACCCAUUUCAGGUCUUGGAGUCUCUUCUAAUGAGCUGAUGAGUUUAAUUAGAUGUGUUUGAUUGUGGAAACAUACAAAAUGUGCAUUAUUGGGAGUAAUCCAGGACCUGAUUUGGGGCACACAUUCUGUGACUAUGGCACAUUUUUGCUAAAACUUAUCUAAAGGUUUUGAAAUGUAUUGUUGUUAGUAAUACCGUAACAACCAUAGAAAUUGAGGAGGGCAUAUUCCCUCAGAAUUCAUAUUUGGCAUGGGGAUUAUUUCUGUGAUUUCUUUUUUUUUUUUUUCUUCAAUAUCCACUUCUUAAAAUGUUCCCCCCCAAAUCUUGAACAAUUAAUCCUUAGCCAUUACAAUGUAAAAGCAGAUUAAUACUGUAAAAAAUAGUCAUGCCUUGAAAUAGUUACAUUUGCUGCUGAAACAGCUCUCUAUGUAUGUGUGUAUGUAAAUGUAUAAACAAAUGUUCCUUAUGUAAAUAUACCGUAUCUGGCAUUUUUCAUUCUUCA